AUGACCGUUCUCUUCACACGGACUUUUCCCUCGCACCGCGUCUCUGAUUUCGAUUCCCCUACUUAUCUUCUGCAAGGUAGUGCAGGGAAGACUUCUUGCUUGGAAGUGGUAUUCAAGGGGAUGCCUGCUAAGGACACUUUCUUUCUUGACCCCACGAGUAGGGAGACCCGGCUGGAUGUAAAUACCAUUAUACCUUUCCAGUUGUGGGAUUGUCCUGGAAAUCAUCAUGUUGAGAAUCUUGGUGCUCCGUUGUCGGCCUUCUCGUCUUUGGUUUAUGUUAUAGACCUUCAGGACGAGUAUGGACACGCUGUCAACCAUUUGAUUCACUUAAUGGCCAUCAUCCAUGAAACGAAUCGGGACCUUCAUAUUGAAGUUUUUGCGCACAAGGCGGAGAAUAACUUCCGUCAACUACAAGAACGCGUUUACCUUGAGACUAUCGACCACCCCUUACCAUUACAGGAUAUGCGCGUCACGUUCCAUUUGACCUCUGUCUACGAUCAUACCAUAUUCGAAGCAUGGUCGCGUGUGAUACAGAAGCUCGUCAAGCCACUGGCGACGUUGGAAAACCUGUUGAACGUCCUCUGUAGCCAUUCCGGGCUCACAAAAGCCUUCUUGUUUGAUGUGAAGACCCUGAUUCACGUUGCUGCGGACGAAUCUCCACCAGACCCUACGUUAUAUGGCCUGUGCUGUGAUUACGUUCAAACAAUCCAGCAAUUCUCUGUUCUUUACAAGUUCGUCGUCAUAAUCUUCAUCUCAAUUUUGUUGUCCUGA